AUGAAGUUCUCCUUUGUAGUAUUCGCCGUUCUCGCCUUCGUGGCUGUGGGCAAUGGCACGCCGAUCGGUGGCAAUGUUGACGACGUCUCGGUCGCCAACAAUAGCAGCGCUGUCGAGAACUCCAACCACAUCCAAUGCCACGAGGCAGGCCAGAAGCGCACGCUCCUGGACUACGUCAACGACAACAUCGCGAGCCUGAGGGGCUACAACGACACGGACAACAAGUGCCUGGCGCCCAAGCACACCGAGUGCUGGCGCGUCGCCUGCCAGUGGUGCUCGGCCAUCUUCGUCUGCAACCACAACGACUACGACAUCAACCCGUCGUGUGGCCGCGUCGCCGGCCUCGCCCAGGACAUCGUCAACCAGUGCCACACCCACCCCAAGCACAACGCCUUCCACUACGCUGAGGGCCGCCAGGACGUCGACGGCGAGAACUGGUCCGUCAGGGUUGCGGACAGUGACUGCUGCUAG